AUGCGAAGGGGGGGAAAGCAAUGUGAUCGACCUGGCCGCCUCCCAUGGCCAUACGGGUUGUGUCUUAUAUGCGCUAUUCGACGCACAGAGGGUGGCCCGUGGAGGGGAGGGGAGCGGACCCCUCGCCAGCCCCGCUGCUGCUUUGGAGCAGGGCAAACCCAGACGGCUCGUCGCCGGGUCCGCACACAGGGAGGCGUUUCAGAGGGGCUGGGAGCGUGUUUCCAGGGUAAGUUGUUGCUGCUCCUGGGUCCUAAUUGGAGGUGGGGGGUGCGGGUGUGAGUCUAAGUGAGAAGUUGGGGGCAAUGUUCGAGGAAUAAUAAGCAGCUUUGUUAAAUCCUGCAGGGAACUUCAGAAAUGACAGAGUGGCUGUUGUUGUUAGGUGUUUUUUUUCCAAGGGAAAAGGGGUUGGGUGUCUCUGCAGCCAGGGAGGUAGAACCAAUAUAAUGGAGCCCUGUGUCCUCUGAGGGGGGGCGGGUUGAAGCACCAGCUUGCAGAAGCAGUUUCCACGCACAUAUACGGUUUCUCUCUCUUUUCUCUCUCUUUCUCUCCCCUUUGACUAAAGGACUACACAUGUAGCUCAGUUGGUACAGCGUGAGGCUCUUAAUCUGAGGGCCGUGGGUUCGAGCCCCACAUUGCAGGGGGGUUGGACUCUCGGUGGUCCUCAUGGUCCCUUCCGGCCCUGUCAAAUAUGGGAGUAUUUUCUGACUAGCUCCAGACACCUCCCCCCCUCAAAAAAAGAAGAAGGAAUAAACACGGGGUUGGGGUAGCAUAAAAGACCCGUCUUUUUGUGCAUCCUUCAGGAGGGAAUUCUCCAUCCCUCUAUCCCCACCCCAUCAGAAGACAACAUGAGGUAACCAUCUGUCCAAAAAGGAAUUGAGUCCAGGGUUACGACGAUUGCGUUCCUCAGUGACUGUUCACCGGAAAGGGAGAAAACUUGUUUCAGUAGCUCGUGGCUCCCACCACCCCUAAAAAAUAAAAAAAACCCCACGCCUGUCAUAACCGAUGGGGGGUGCGCGUGGGGGCCAGAGAGGAGCCGAGGUGUGUUGUGGCACCGCCUCCCAUUUGCUCCUCGUCGGAUCUCAGACAGAAAGUGCUGAGUGGGGCAGCCAGGGAAGCUGCCUCGUCACUGUUAGGGAGAGUGGGGUUCCCCCCCCUCCUCUCUCUUUGCCCUCUGCAGCCGGGGUGGUGGGGUCGGAUCCCUUCCCUUGCUGCCUGGCCUUUGCUUUGGGAAACCGACGUAGCAGAGGUGGGGGCUUGGGGAGGACGGAGAGAGAUAAUUGCCAAAGUGAUUUCCGGCUCGAGCUAAACAAACUCCCGAGGUUUCCAACCCCGAUCCAUAUUUGGUGAAAGUCUUGAGGAGUGUCGUCAUCCGCUAGCCACCCCCCACCCCGCAGGAGGACGACGAUGAUGUAGCCGAAAGGGUAGGCGUAAGGCGCGUCCGGCUCUCCUUUUAGCAAGGCGAGCUCAUUUGGGGUCGUUGACCCUGCAGCGUUCCAGAGAUCCGGAUCACUCGGGAAUCUCUGGGCACGUGUCCCGAGCCUUUCCUAGAGAGGGGUUUUUCCUCCCUUCCGCGCCGUCGAAGAUCCUCCCCGCGCAGCUCUGCGUGCGCUCUGCCUCGCUUUGCUAAGCCAGCAGCAAACCGGGUUAAGGACUUGGUACCUCGGGGUCCUUCCUGCAAGGGACAUAGGAACCAACUCCUAGAGGAGGAGGUCCUUUUGCCUCACUCACCCCACCCAAUAAAAUAUUCAAAGGGUGGGGCAAAGUUAACAGGCACUGCCAUUCAAAUGGGGUGUGUGUGCCGCUUCAUGUGAUCAAUUAAUGUGGAGGGUGGAUUACCUGAGGCCUCCCCCCCCCCGAAUAUUUUAUUCAAGUUGGCAUCCCUGGCAGGAGAUGCUUGAGGUGGGGGGAGAGGGAGAGAUGAGCCAUGCAGGCAACUUUAGCUGGAUUUGGCAGUCCUUACUGGCCAGAGGUGGGUGGUAGGAGUGUGGUGGUUUAACUUCCUUUCUUAAGGUUAAGUUAAAAGGCACAGAUUCUAAAAUUGCCAGACUGGCUUCACAUGCGACCAAGAGGAAGCGCAUGGGAGCGUCGCUAUAGAUAAGGUCACUGGCCAAGCGGUGGCCAACCUGAGAGGUGCAUCUGAGAAAGCCUUGCAAUAUUACGGAGGGUGCUAAGGCCUGUUUCUAGGGCCGUACACCACUGCAGAGAAUCCGAGAGUAGGCCCCAGUAUUUUCUCUGUGGCGCUUUGGUGCACCGCUCUUAGAUCAUUUGGUUGCCAGCACAAUCUAUUUGUUGGCUCUGUUCAAGCCAUAGAGCAGCACUUCCCAAGCCUUUUACUGAAGUCUAGCCUAAGACAUUUACCUGCACGUCCUAUUCAUUUGCUUAAGAACUGGAAAGCUGCAUUCCCGGAAGCCGGUGCAGUCCUAUGUGCGCAUGGGUCCUUUCGCCCACAUCUAGCCCGGCACUUUACCCUCAGUGUUUCCUGUGGAUGCUCUUUUGCCAUGUCUGCACCAUCCAUUUCCCCUGGAGUAUUCUGGGAACUGUGGGUUGUUGUGGGUGCUUGGAAUUGUAGCACUGUUAACUCGUUUCAUAUUGUCUCCUGUGAGCAUCUGUUGCAAGACUGUGUCAAGGUCACUGUAACUGCAGAAAUGACUGCAUGGUGCACCGAGGCAUAGACCCUCUAGUGCUGUGAAAAAAUGUCCCUAGGUCCUUAUUAACUACAGGAAAUACAGGCCUUUUUGUAAUAAAAGUUGGUAUCUGGCUUUGGUUUGAUGGCCCCCAGUUGCAAAACCCACAUGUGCCUGGAUACAGCUUGUUGGUUCAGUAGCUAAUCUUAAUGAUUAGUUAGUAUUAGGGUGGGAGCAAUCUAGUUCUGUUAUUUUCUAUUCUGUACCUGACUUCCUAAAAUUAUCUCUACACUGCUGGCCCUUUUUCAAUUGCCCUUUCUUGGUCCUGGGUUUAUAACCUCCUUAAUGAAGCAUUGCAUUUUUGCUGCUGUGGCUUCUUGGAGUAAACUUGGCUCUGAAUCUGGAUGCUUGGCUCCAUGCGACUGGAUAAAGUGUGUGGGCUUGAGGCUCAAAAGACAAUGAAUGGGACUGUUUGGCUCCUGUUUUUGUGAAUCCCAAGGAUGUCAAGAUAAGAGCCUGAGUUUCCCCUGGCUCAGCUUGGGGAGCUGCAGGUUUGAUGGCCAUAUUACCUGGCAGGGUUGGUAUUCACCCUAGUCAAUGAUCAUUCAAGCAUCCCUCACACCAAAGGAACUCCUGGGAGCUCCAGGUCUAAGGGCACCCUUCCCGGAGAAUCCUUUACAUGGCAGCAGGAUGGGAUGAGAGCGAAAGGAAAGACGAGAUAAAACUGAUAAAGCUCACCUUACCAAACCUAUUCCCACAUAUUUUCUUCCCCUAAGGGAGCUCAUAAUUUCUUUCCCUCUUGGUUUGCCCCCUGGCUCUGUCCCAGUAAAUGUGAUAUUAAACCCACACACUUCACAUGGUCCCAUUGGAAGCCUCUAAAGCAGGGGCGAAUCCAUGCUAUUUUACAGUCCUGAGCUGAAUUUUAAGGAGUUGAAUCCCGCAGCUACGUGAAUGACUUUUGAAUUCAGAUUUCCCUGUGAGCAUUUCUCAGAUGCUUUUCUGUUGCAGUCUUUUCUGCAGUCUGUACCUUAGAGAAUGAAUCUGCUUCUCUCUAGACACAUUAGGGUAGCAUAUAUGUAUAUAUAUUUUCCUUCAAGAUUGCUGAUUGCCGUUAUGUCGUUAAGGGGGUUUGUCCCACAGAGAGAAAGAGUGUAAAAGAAGAUUGGAAUGAUUCUGUUUGUUUCUAAAUGAAAGCCAUACAAUUCCUCCCAGACAGGAGUCAAUGUUGAACACAAUCAAUUGCAUUCUGUUUUGAUCUGAACAUUUCUGCCCGAGGAAAAGCCUUGCAUUCGUGUAUUGUAAGCAUAUGCCAGGGCUUCUAUAGCAGUGGUUCCUAAGGCGAUUCAGCUGCAACUACAGGUGCUGCCACAGGCCAUGCAUGGUGAAUUCAGGACCAGCCUUUCAAUAUUCUCUUUGAUCAAUGGAGCAAAUAGUGCUCCGCUGAAUUGUGUAGAGGAGAGGGGCAGGAUCUGCAAUUGUAGGAACCAAUCAGUUGGAGGGGUGGCUUUUCUUCUCUUCCACAUCCCAGGCCUUGUUAUCCUGAGGCAGUGGGCGAUCUCCAUCAACGUUUCUUCUUCCUCAGUCCUUCACCCAUCUAUUCCUACAUUUAUCUCCCAUGAGCCCAGUCACUUCUUGCCUCUGCUUCUCCUCCUCCAUCCCAUAGUAUAGGGAUGACUAACCUGUGGCCCUCCAGAUCCUGCUAGACCAGAGUUUGCCAAACUUGGCCCUCCAGCUGUUUUUGGACUACAACUCCCAUCAUCCCUAGCUAGCAGGACCAGUGGUCAGGGAUGCUGGGAAUAGUAGUCCCAAAACAGCUGGAGGGCCAAGUUUGGGAAACCCUGUGCUAGACUCUAGCCCCCAUCAGCCCCAGUCAGCAUCACCAAUGAUGGGAGUUGCAAUCUACUACCAAUUGACGGUCCACAGAUUAACUGUACACUUCUUGGGAACAGACUUUAAAUAGAUUUCAGAAGUUCAACACAGAACAUCUUUGCUCCUAUAGCAUGAAGGUGACUUUGCCCCUUCACACACACCCCUCUUCCCCAAAUAAUAAUUCAUAAUUCUCGUCAUGGAAGGAAAUCCUAAUGUUUGGCUUGCUAGCACCAGUUGCAUGCCUGGUUUAUGAUGCUUUGGCUGGAGGUGGAAACCAGAAUUCCAGCCGGUCUUCUUGGUCAGCCAGGGCUCAUGAGGCAGUGUUGUGUGCUGUGGGUUUCUGCCGUGCUGCACUGACUUCCUGGAGUAGCUUGCAAAGACAUGACAACAUCAGCAGCAGGAGCUGACUACAGACCACAGCAUAAACACAGCAAUAUGGCACGUGGACUUCAGAAACUAUCAGAUAAAGUUGCCCCUUCCUUGACAUGCCAGGAAUUGAAGCUUCCAGGCUACAAUGGGAGAGAGCAGAACUUGACCCUAUUGUGCCCUACUGGCUCGUCUGAGUUUCCUGUGUUCAUUUAAGGACAGUAACUCAACCAAGGAGCAUCUAUUGGGGCCAAGGUUUCAUUCUGCAUGAAUGCCCUGAAAAUAUAUAUUGAGAAUGGAGAUGGAUGGCAGUCAUGUCCAAAGGCUGUCUAAAUGUUCUCUUAGGAAAGCUUUUGCUCAAUGGAAACACCUUUUGUGGUGUUCUUAAUGUUUCCAGAUUCGAGUUUCUCCUUCCUAUGUCUUUCAUUCUUCUCCUUUUCUCCACUUUUGGUUUCUUCCCUCAGCCCUACACUUUUCUGCAUUUAAUGUUUGCGCUUACCUUCGAAUGGGCCUCUCCUGCUGCCUUUGCCAGACCACUGGUUCCUGCAGCCCUAAAUCAUCCCUUCAGUAGUAAAUGUCUUGGUUCCGUGACUCACAAGGGAGGUGAAAAGCUGUGGAGGGGGCCAGCUAAACAUGGAAAUGCAUAGAGAAGACAGCGGAACUGAAGUAUGACCUCAGUGUUUAAUGUUCGAGUGGUUUCAGGUUUUUGCUUCCUUGGUUUGCACAAAGUUAACGCAGUAUUCUUCAGGAACAAAUAGACAAGUCUACAUUCCUUGUGCAACAACUAUAUAAACAAGGCCUGCUAAGAACAGGUUCUGGGUGCUUUUUCAGUCCUUGGGAAUAAAGAUGUUCUUUCAUUCCUGUGCCUCUCCUUUCUUCUUCUGCUGUAUCUUUGCAGAUCUCAUGGUUCAUCUUACCUGCAGAGCCUUUUGGAACUUCCUGUCUCAUUUGCUUAUUUUUCUUCAGGGAAUUAAAGAGAGGGGGGUGGAAAUCUAGCAGUUACCCUGGCGUUAUUCAGAAUUGGGGGUUCAGGACUGAAGGUGGAUGUUGAAAAAUGUUUCAUUUCAAAUAGAAGAGGUGCAGGGGCUUGAGCAGGAAAAGCUAUGUUGCUUUUCCUAGAAGAAGCCCCAUCCCCUAAUGUGGUUGUGGUUACUUAGUGGUGAGGAAAAGGUCCUUGGUACUUGUUCAACAAUACUCACUUUUUAUUGUAACCAGUGCGGAUGGUGCUGGCAUUUCAAACCACUUCAGAGGCCAAGCCAAGCCCUAAUCAGCCCUGAACCAUAUAUUGGAAGUGAAGAAAAUAUGUACUAAAUUGUGCAACUUUUUUCCAAUAAUGUGGAAUCCAAAUAAAAAUAAAGGCAGAUUUCUAAGAGCCAGAACAGACAAAACGUUUUCAUGUGGUGGUGAAAACAUUUAUGUGUGGCGGUGAAAAAAAACCUCAUGAAAUCUUUAUGCUGUUUUUCAUCUGAACAGGAGAAGGCUAUUGUGACUGA